UCCAAUCCUUUUUAAUUUGUCGUUUAAGUUUUAUGUCCCCUAUCUAGAAAAUCAUUUAAUAACAUGUAUAACUAAGUUGUAUUGAAAGGCUUAUCCUCUCAUUUCUUUCACAGUAGAUUUGUACCUUCACUGGAAUCCGAUGCCAUACACAAAUAUAAAAAAAGAAAAAGUGACAGCCCAAACCCCCUCAUGUCCCCCCUUUCUAGGCCUGGGGAGGAGUGUUUCUUCUCUUUUAUGAAGACUGGUUUCUCAAAUGUUGCCACUCAUAUUAUAUGUGCACCUAAUUAAGAGACCUUAUAAGAAAAAGAAGUGCGCAAAUGAACACAUAUUGGUCCUUCAGAAAAAAAUCCAUGGAAAGAAACCAUUCUUUUCACCACCAUCCCAAGGCAUUCCAUGUAUUGGGACCUCAGCAUAUUUCUUCUCCCGGUUGGAGAGAACUCAUCAGCUCCAGUUGGAAGGAUGAAAGCUACAAAAGAAUAACGAUGGCCUGCUUUGUACAAGCAGUAUACUUGCUCGAACUUGACAGGCAAGAAAAUAGGAGCACAGAAACUGCUCUUGCACCACAGUGGUUGACACCUUUUAAGUACAAACUAGUUGAAGUCCUUGUAGAUGAGAGAGAUGGUUCUAUAUUUGCUGCAGUUUUGGAGUGGGAUCAAACAGCAGCAUUGGCUGAUUUUAUACCUGUAAGACCAACUGGUGCACCAAAGGUGGUAUUAGCUAUCAGAGGAACACUCUUGAGAAACCCCACAAUAAGGAGAGAUAUCGAGGAUGAUCUACGUUACCUAGCGUGGGAAAGUCUCAAAGGAUCCUUCAGGUUUGACAGGGUUUUAACGGAUAUAAAAUCAAUCAUCAAUAUUCAAGGAAGCAAGAAUGUGUCCAUCACAGGGCACUCGUUAGGAGCUGGCUUUGCUCUCGAGGUAUAUAAGGCGUUAGCUGCAGAUGGAACUUAUAUAGAGGCACAUCUAUUUAAUCCACCAUCUGUUUCAUUGGCCAUGAGUUUUAGAAUCUUGGGUGGGAAAGCUGGAUUUGUAUGGAAAAGGUUCAAAUCAAUGCUUCCUUCUAACUCACAGAAUCUAGGCAAGAGUGCUGAUGAGGCUGCAGCUGAAGUUACAGAAUCAAGAAUCACUUCAGAACUUAAGCAAAUGCUGCCAAUGCCUCAUUUGUAUGUUAAUACAGGUGACUACAUCUGCUACUACUAUAAUUAUCCAGAUGGAGGACAAAACAGUAUUUUCCAUAGUAAUAAGGAGAAAGAAGCAAAACUUAGAAAUGGACAAACCGGAGUAAAGCUUUUUGUGGUGUCAAAAGGAAAGCAGAGGUUUCUUGAGGCACAUAGGCUGCAGCAAUGGUGGUCUGAUGACUUGGAAUUCCAAAUGGCUCUCAAUAAUAGCAUGCUGAUAAGUAGGCAGCUCAACUCCUUGUACACCAUUAAUUCAAGCUCCUAAACAAACUCAAGGCUAGAGUCUUUCAAAGGAAUUCUCAGCCCUUGACAGUUUUUCUUCAAAUUAUCUUCCAAAAGUGGAUAGAGAACAACAAAUGUAUUUCUACCAUUAGGUUCAGAGUUAUAUUGGCAUGUGUACUUGCAUUUGGACUGGUAAAGACUGAAUGUUAAACACAAGAUUGUAAGGCUUGAGAUUCUGCAUUGACUUAUAUGAAUGAAUUGA